AUGUUGUUUCGGAGUAAAACAGAAGGUGUCGUUUGUAGAGAACAAGGCGAACAAGGUUCCUUCCUGACAGGCAGUUCUAACAAGCUGAGACCCUUGAAAAAAUUUUAUUGGCCUUCGCAAUAUGCUGAUAAAGCGCGCUCCCAGCGAAUUACCGUACCACAUUACAAAAAUUCAAUUGCGCAAGGCAGACUCUUGCAUUAUAGUACAGUGCUAAACUUUAAGCAAGGAACAAUCGCGAACUCAUAUCAGUGA